AUGUCUGGACGCGUCAGCCGUCCCACAAAUGAUGUUCUUUUUACAAGUGACGAACCCCUAAUUUCAUAUAUCUGGCCGCGUCAAUCGUCGAAUACAUGCUGUUCUUUUUGCAAUGAUAUUUUUUUACCCUCUCCCUUUCAUUACCUUUUACUCGUUUUUUUCCCUUUCUAUCUUUGUCGUUAUUGUUCUUCUCUUCCUGCCAUUUUCUCUUUCAAAUUCUUUCUUAAAAUUUCUUCACAUUUUUUUCUCUUAUUCAUGGUUUUUUAUUUUAUAUUUUUUUAUUUUUACCCUCUCCCUUUCACUCCAUUUUUCUCGUUUUUUUCCGUUUCUGUCUUUUCCAUUGCUCACUCUUUCUUUCCUUGUCACUUUUCCCUUUCAAAUUUUUUCUUUGAAUUUCUUCACAUUUUUUUUCUCUCAUUGGUUGUGUUAUAUAUUUUAGCCUCUCCCUUUCACUUUCCUUUUCUCGCUUUUUCCCCUUUCUGUCUUUUCCGUUCCAUUCUCUUUCACGUCUUGCCAAUUUUCUUUUUGGAAUUCUUUCUUAGAAUUUCUUCAUAUUUUUUUUUCUCUCAUUGA